AUGGUUUUAACGCUGGGAAGUACUACUGGUGUUCUUCCUCUUCAGUCUCUUGGCUUUAGAAGCAAGAUAUUUUCUAGUGAUAUAUGGAGAAGUAAGGCAGUUGUUCUUCCUAGAGUUAAAGGGAGUAGAAAGCUUGUGGUUUGGUCGAAGCAGGAAGAAAAUGGCGGAAAUCAAUCUCCUAAAGAUGAUUUGAAGAUAUCAUCUAGGCUUGGUAGAAUCAGUUUUCCUUCUCGUUUUCUCUUCGGUGCUGCUACCGCUGCUUUCCAGGUGGAAGGAUCAGCGUUUGGAGGGAGGGGAGAGUGUAUAUGGACAAAUUUCUGCAGAAAAUAUCCAGAAAAAAUGGCAGAUGGGAGUAAUGGAGACAUUGCAUGUGACUCAUACCACCGUUACAAGGAGGACGUGGAACUCUUGGCUGAUCUCAGCUUGGAUGCGUAUAGAUUCUCCAUUUCAUGGCCAAGAAUUUUGCCAC